CGUGUUUUGCUGUCUUUGCAAGCAGAGCCACGCUUUUCAGCAUUUCCCGGAUUAAAAGUUAUGGCAUGCAGGAUGGUGAUAGCUUUGGCAUGUCAAGUGGGAUAUAGAAGAACUUCAGCUCAAUAUUGUAGGAUUUAUUCAACUUAUGUGGGGAGAAUGAGAUACAUGUUCAAGCUGAAAGAAGAUGAUGAUGCUUGUCGGCAGGCCUAUAAUUCCGGAACUUUCUUCCUGUUUUACAACUUCUCUCCCUUCGUGCAGCGAAAAGGAAAAGCGUUAGUAGCUCCAAAGUUAAAGACAGCAGAAAUAAAAAGACUUUUGCAGAAGUUUCAGAAGAGCGAGAAGAUGCUAGAGGAAUCCAUGCUGGUGGGCUGUUCGGAAGAGUGCACUCCAUAUUUUGCUCUUGACCUAGGAUCCUUGCCAAAAUCUGCUGUUGAGUCUGAACUUGAUGGAUCGUUUGGAGAAUUACAGAAAGCUUUCUUCCAAUUAGAGGAGGAAGAUGCAUCUUUGAUUUCCACGUCUCAGGCACUCCUGCGUUGGCAUGAUAGCCACCAAUAUUGCGGCAAAACUGGAGAGCCCACAGUGAAGAAUUUAUCUGGGAGCAAACGAGUUUGUCAUACCAAUGGAAUCAUCUACUAUCCACAGAUGUCUCCGGUGGUUAUUACAUUGGUGUCCGAUGGGAGUCGAUGCCUUCUUGUACGGCAGGCAUCAUUUCCUAAAGGGAUGUACAGUGCUUUGGCUGGCUUCUGUGACAUGGGUGAGAGUCUAGAAGAGACAGUCCAACGAGAGGUUGCUGAAGAAGUAGGCCUAGAAGUGAAAUCUCUUUGGUACUCUGCAUCUCAGCACUGGCCGUUCCCAAACAGCAUCCUCAUGAUAGCUUGUCAUGCAUUAGUGCAUCCGCUACAGAGCAAAUGUACAAUCAAUACUCAAGAGCUUGAAUCUGCCAAGUGGUUCAGCCAUGAAGAAGUGGUGAUGGCACUUCAACGGGAACCAAAGCCUUCUAAAGAAAUGGAUGACAGUACCUCAUUUUGGGUGCCACCUAAACAAGCUAUAGCUCGACGGUUAAUCCAGGAAUGGGUGAAACAGAAAACUUCUCCUUAGUUUUAAAAAAUGUGAAGGGGGACGAUGGUAACUUUAUAUCUGAUGCCUUUUUUGCAGUAGUCUCCCAUAUUUUGUGGAGAAGGUAUUGGUAAACCAUUUGGCAUGUUGUCUUGAAAAUUCGUUGCUGUAGAAAUUACUGAAUGGAUUUGGAACGAGAGGUUGAUAUCCCCAUAUAGUAGUAACAUGCAGCAAGACCAGUCUAAACCUCUGUUCCUUUGGAAAAUUAAUAAGAAUUGAGUGUAUUCCUGGGAUUUCUUAGGAUUUCUUUUCCCAUUUGUGGGCAAACCUGGCCCUUGAAUUGCUUGAUUGUUCCUGGAGGCAUCUUGACCAAUUAAGGUUGGGAGUAAAGUUAAAAUUCUUGACCACUAGGGGACUAUCUACGACCAAUUUUGCCCUUAUUAGGACUCAUCAGGUCCACAUAGUCAUUGUAGUUAGUAUUACUUUUACAUAGUUGACUAUCAGUUUGACUCUUCUUCCAUCUUUUUAAACAGUUGCCUCCUAUCUCUAAAAAUAAUGCAAUGGUUUGUUAAAUAUAAAUGUUUCCAAAUUCCCUGUGAGAAUUCGUGUGAACUUAAAGGAUUUGGAUGGGGGUGGA